AUGGGAAUCACAGUUCUGUGCCCUCUGAAGAUACGCGGCUGUGUACGUACUACUGAAGGCUUGAGAGUAGCACUUGGAGCACGAGUGCGCUGGGCUUGGAACCGAGUGAAAUCGGUCGGCCAGAAAGAGAAGCAAUGGGCCCCUGAAGUAGAUCCGGACAGGAGAGUAGAGCAGGGUCAGCCACUCGAAAGCGAAUGGGACAAGGCAACCAGCAAGUGUGAUGCCGCCAUGUCAGAAGUUGUGACCGGACGAGGGCGAGAUUAG